GAGAGAGGCCACGGUUAUGGACCUGAUUUUGGGCCGGAUGAAAGAGGUCGCGGAUUUGGUCCUGGUAGAAGAGAGUCUGGUCUUGGGCCAGAUAGCAGAGAGUAUGGUUAUGGACCAGACAGAAGAAGACCUGACUUUGGUCCAGACGAACGACGUCAUGAAUUUGGACCUGACAGGAAAGGGCCUGGUUUUGGACCGGACGAACGGCGUCGUAGAUUUGGACCAGAUUUCGGACCGGAUGAAAGGGGUCGUGGGUUUGGGCCUCAUUUUGGACCAGAGGAGAGAAGAUACAGAUUUGGGCCUGACAGAAGAGGGCCUGAUUUUGGACCGGAAGAAAGUGGUCAUGAUUUCUGGCCAUAUCGAAGAGACGGGAGAUUUAGGCCCGACCGAAGAGACUCCGAUUUUAUACCAGAAUCAAAAGGUCACCAUUUCCGUCCAAAUGGAAGAAAGGAUGGUGAGUUCGAACUGUACCACAGAGGUUAUGGAAUGAGGCCAGCCAGAAGAGGAGGAGAAUUUGGACCUUUUGACAUGCGUAACGGUUUUGACCACCAUCCUCGUAAAAAACACUUCUCCUUCCUCUAUGAACUGAUGGAAGGUACCACUUGUGCCAGCAACGGCCAUAAUUGUCUUUGCUGUUGUGGUCACUACAUACCUGAUGUUAACAAUAACACCUGUGUCGACGUUCAUUCUAUCUUCCAUGGUCUCAACAACGUUUACACUAGGUUGGCGGAUAAACUGGGCGCAGAAGCCGCUGAUAAAACCUUCAUGCAAAACAGUCAGCUCGAACCCAUUUUUUCGCUGUGA